AAGGCCACGGCUCUCCUCCAGCGGCACCGCGGAUGUUGGCAGCGCAGCUAGGUCAGGCUCCGCCGGCGGGCCGAGCAGAGUGCGCGGGGUUUGCCUGCUGGGAGAAGGGAAGGUGCGCGCCCAACCGCCUGCGAUAGACGAGAGAUCCUUAUUGACGAUGGUGGUCAUUGGAGGUAUAAAUAUUGAAGAAUAUAUCAUUUACAGACAAGAUCUUUGAAAUCUGUUUCCUUCAGACAGCAAAGGAAGAAGAGACUUAAUCACAGCAUAACGGGCAGAGAAACGUAAAGGCUCGAAGAAACAAUACUUCACUACUUCUUUCCAAAAGUCAAGACCCACCAAAAUCUGCUGGAUUCCUCCACCAGUCUUCCGGAUUUGAGAUGUAACGUGGGGUGCAGGAGUUCCUCAGCUGAGGGGUGUACUAUGACAAGGAGCCAGCCUCAAUGGACAUUGCCCAUUAUCGAGAAUUAAACAGGAGAAUAUCUAAAGCAAAGCUGAAAGUGCAUCGAGAAUUGUCAGAAGCCUAAAUAUCCCCAAAGUAACUAGAAGCAAGACCAUGAGGAGUAAUGUAGCUUGGAGUGAACAAGAUGAUAAUAUCCACCUUAAAUCUAAUGCUUAAUGAGGAAAAAGGCUGUUUUAUUGGAGCCAGGGAGUCAUGAAAGAAACUCAAGAAGAGAACUUGGAUAAUGAACGGAAGAUAAAAAGAAAACAAAAAGAAUGUGGCAUAUAAAGGGUAUAAUACCUGGAGGUAUUAGAUCUGACUCAUAUUUAUAAAAAUGAGACGAGCUUUCACAAAAUACAAGUUAUCUUAGUCAUCAAGCUUGGAGCCAUGCUGUUGAACUAGAAAUUCUCCUUUUCCCCAUUCUCCUUUCUGACAGGUAACAAAGGAUUGGUGAAUUAUGAUUUUCCCAAGUUGGAAGCACUAAUUUUUAUCUAUAUAGUUCAUCCUUAUGAAUAUAUAAGGAGUUAAACAUUGCAUAUUUAAUGUGGAUUAUAAUGGGAAACUGACUCAUUAACAAAAAUGGCCACUUUUAAGGACCUGGUUUCAAACUGAGCUGGAGCCUCCCAAUGCACUUUGUACAAUUUGGGGAAAGGUGUACUGAAUGGCCUUCUUUGGGAGGCCAUGAUGACAUGUAGUAAAAGGAUAUCAUCUUACUGUUGAUAUCUUUGAAGACUCAUAAACAGAAACAGAAAAAUGAAUGGUGGAAAGGAGUGUGACGGAGGGGACACGGAUGGAGGGCCACCAGCAGUGCAAGUUCCCGUUGGUUGGCAGCGACGGGUGGACCAAAGUGGAGUGCUCUAUAUCAGUCCCAGUGGGUCUUUAUUAUCCUGCUUGGAGCAGGUGAAGACUUACUUGCUGACUGAUGGAACAUGCAAGUGUGGCCUAGAAUGUCCUCUUGUUCUUCCCAAGGUCUUUAAUUUUGAUCCUGGAGCUGCUGUGAAGCAGAGAACUGCUGAAGAUGUUAAAGCGGACGAAGAUGUCACCAAACUAUGCAUACAUAAAAGGAAAAUUAUUGCUGUGGCUACACUUCAUAAAAGCAUGGAAGCACCACAUCCUUCACUAGUUCUAACCAGUCCUGGUGGUGGAACAAGUGCAACUCCGGUAGUUCCUACUCGAGCAGCAACUCCGAGAUCGAUGAGGAAUAAAUCACAUGAAGGAAUUACAAAUUCUGUGAUGCCAGAAUGUAAGACUCCUUUCAAGUUGAUGAUUGGGGCAUCUAAUGCCAUGGGUAGGCUUUAUGUGCAAGAAAUGGCUGGAAGCCAGCAACAAGAACUUCAUUCUGUCUAUCCUAGGCAGAGAUUGGGUAGUAAUGAACUUGGACAGAAGUCUCCAUAUCGUGGCAGUCAUGGUGGGAUGCCCAGUCCAGCUUCAUCAGGAUCGCAGAUAUAUGGAGAUGGCUCAAUCUCUCCUAGGACUGACCCACUUGGAAGCCCUGAUGUUUUCACAAGGAACAAUCCCAGUUUUCAUGGAGCACCCAACUCAAGUCCUAUUCACAUGAACAGGACACCUCUGUCUCCACCAUCAGUAAUGCUACAUGGUUCUCCCAUACAGUCAUCCUGUGCAAUGGCUGGAAGGACUAAUAUACCUCUUUCCCCAACCUUGACCACAAAAAGCCCUGUAAUGAAAAAAACCAUGUGUAAUUUUUCAACUGGUAUGGAAAUACCACGAGCAAUGUUCCACCAUAAACCACCCCAAGGUCCGCCCCCACCUCCUCCACCACCUUCUUGUGCUCUUCAGAAAAAGCCAUUAACAUCAGAAAAGGAUCCACUUGGCAUACUUGACCCUAUUCCUAGCAAACCAGUCAAUCAGAAUCCUGUUAUCAUUAACCCAACUACUUUCCAUUCAAAUGUCCACUCUCAGGUACCCGUGAUGAAUGUAAGCAUGCCUCCUGCUGUCGUCCCUUUGCCAAGUAAUCUUCCUUUGCCAACGGUAAAACCCGGUCACAUGAACCAUGGAAGUCAUGUUCAAAGAGUUCAACAUUCAGCUUCAACCUCCCUGUCUCCUUCGCCAGUGACGUCCCCCGUUCAUAUGAUGGGAUCCGGGAUUGGAAGGAUCGAGGCUUCUCCCCAAAGAUCACGUUCUUCUUCCACGUCAUCAGAUCAUGGAAAUUUCCUGCUGCCUCCAGUAGGACCGCAGUCAUCUUGUACUGGUAUGAAAGUUCCUCCCCGGUCCCCAAGGUCAACAAUAGGGUCACCAAGACCAUCUAUGCCAUCUAGCCCUUCCACCAAGCACGAUGGACUUAAUCAAUACAAGGACAUCCCUAACCCAUUAAUUGCUGGAAUGAGUAAUGUAUUAAAUCCUCCAAACAAUGCAGUUUUUUCUACUGCAUCGGCUGGAAGCGGUUCUUUGAAGAGUCAGCCUGGUUUGCUGGGAAUGCCUUUAAAUCAGAUCUUGAACCAGCACAAUGCUGCCUCUUUUCCAGCAAGUAGUUUACUCUCAGCAGCAGCCAAAGCACAGCUAGCAAAUCAAAAUAAACUUGCUGGUAACAACAACAGCAGUAGCAAUUCUGGACCUGUUGCCAGCGGUGGCAACAACGAAGGACAUAGCACUUUAAAUACCAUGUUCCCUCCUGCUGCCAAUGUGCUUCUACCAACGACUGAAGGGCAAAGUGGUCGAGCAGCACUGAGAGAUAAGUUGAUGUCUCAGCAAAAAGAUCCUCUGAGAAAAAGAAAGCAGCCAACCACCACGGUGUUGAGUUUGCUGAGACAGUCUCAGUUGGAGAGUUCUGGAGUUUCCAAAGCUGGAUCUGAUUUGAUAAGGAAGCAAAGUCAAAGCUCGUUUCCCAUCAGCUCUAUGUCCCAGUUACUUCAGUCCAUGAGUUGUCAAAGCUCUCACAUGAGCAGCAAUAGUACCACCAGUUGUGGGAGCUCAAAUACUGUUUUGCCUUGCUCUGGUAACCAGAUGCAUUUCGCAGACACCAGUAUGAAUUCUGGCACUCUUCAGAACUCGCUGGCGCAGAGUUUACCGUUACGAGGGGAAGGUCUGCACUGCCAGAACACAAACACUAACUUUGUCCAUGGUACUAGCCCAGGCACAGCCAACCAUCUCGCAGGUUUAAUAAAUCAGAUGCAGGCUAGCGGGAGCUGUGGGAUGCUCAGUCAGUCAGGAAUGGCUUUAGGAAAUUCAUUACAUCCGAACCCACCUCAGUCAAGAAUCCAGGCAUCCUCCACUCCAGUGAUACCAAACAGCAUUGCUAGCAGCUGUAAUCAAACAAGUCCUGAAGCAGGGGGUUCAGGACCGUCAUCAUCAAUAGCCAUAGCUGGCACCAGCCAACCUGCCAUCACAAAGACAACAUCUGUUCUUCAAGAUGGUGUUAUAGUCACUACUGCAGCUGGAAACCCACUUCAGAGCCAGCUGCCCAUUGGGAGCGAUUUCCCUUUCGCUGGCCAUGAACACUCGCUUCAUUUCCCGCAGAACAGCUCUUCAAACAACAAUCUUCCACAUUCUUUGAAUCAAAACCUCCUCAGUUCUCUACCUAUCUCUUUGCCAGUGAAUCAGCAACAUCUCCUAAACCAGAAUCUAUUAAAUAUACUGCAGCCUUCAGCAGGAGAAGGCAAGUCUGAGGUCAACCUCAACCCUUUAGGUUUUCUCAACCCGAAUGUAAAUGCUGCUUUAGCUUUUCUCUCCAGUGACGUGGAUGGGCAGGUAUUGCAACCUGUUCAUUUUCAGCUUCUAGCAACCCUCCUCCAGAACCAAGCCCAAGCAGCUGCCAUGCUUCCCCUACCAUCUUUCAAUCUGACCAUCUCAGAUUUGCUGCAACAGCAAAAUAACCCUUUGCCCUCAGUAACACAGAUGACAGCCCCACCUGACCAUUUGCCAAGCAAUCAGUCAGAAAGCAACAGGGUUGAGACCCUUUUAACCAACCCCCUGGGGAACCCUAUACCAAGCUUUUCAGGCACUGACACUACUUCUAACCCCCUGCUCCUCCCAGCUGUCUCUGGGGCCUCAGCAUUAAUGGCCUUGAAUCCCCAGCUGGUGGGAGGUGUCCUGAACUCUGCAUCGGGCAACACCGCUAAUCAUCCAGAGGUUUCCAUAGCCACCUCCUCCCAGGCAACCACUACCACAACCACUACAUCAUCAGCAGUGGCAGCACUGUCUGUCUCAACCCUGGGUGGUGGGACAGCAGUGGUGUCAAUGGCAGAAACAUUGCUGAACAUAUCUAAUAAUGCUGGGAAUACAUCUGGUCCAGCUAAACUCAACAAUAACUCUGUGGUGCCACAGCUACUUAACCCUCUACUGGGGACAGGUCUGCUUGGUGACAUGUCAUCUAUAAACACUACUUUGAAUAACCAUCAACUGAGUCAUCUCCAGUCGCUAUUAAACAACAAUCAGAUGUUUCCUUCAAAUCAGCAGCAACAGCACCUUCUCCAGGGGUAUCAGAACAUGCAGGGCUUUCAAGGCCAGCCCCCAAUUCCUGGCCCGGCUAACAACCCAAACCCCAUGGCAUGUCUGUUCCAAAAUUUCCAGGUGAGAAUGCAGGAAGAUGCUGCUGUCCUAAACAAAAGAAUGAUCACUCAGAUGGGAAUGGCACCAGUUCCCGAGAGCUCCAACACUAUGCUUCCUCCUUUCCAAGAAACAUCUUGUGAUUUGCAGCAAAGAACUGAACCAUCUCUUGGACAACAGGCAAAGGAUAACCUCAAUGUCGCUGCUCAGGGUGAUACAUCAGUGGACGCUAUCUACAAAGCAGUUGUAGAUGCUGCAAGCAAGGGAAUGCAAGUAGUAAUCACCACUGCCGUUAGCAGUACAACACAAAUGAGUCCCAUUCCAGCUUUGAGUGCCAUGAGUGCCUUCACAGCCUCAAUUGGUGACCCAUUAAAUCUUUCUAGUGCUGUCAGUGCAGUAAUCCAUGGAAGAAACAUUGCUGUUUCUGAUCACGAAGGUAGGCUAAGGAACGCUAGAGGAACGCGAAUACUGAAGAAUUCAGAACAUGGUAAAAAUUCAAGUGAAGGGGAUGGGUAUGAAUAUUACAAAUCAACAAGUUGUAACACACCCAAAAAACAGUGGGAAGGGGAGCAAAGUCCUGUCAGUGAGAUAAACAGAUGGAAAUGUGAUGAGUUUCUAGACCACUCUGCACAUAUCCAUAGUAGUCCUUGUCACGAAAGGCCCAAUAACAUCUCCACACUGCCAUUAUUACAAGGCGAGCAGCAUCAGAUACUGUUAUCACAGCGAAACUGUCAAAGUGAUAAAAUGUUGGAGGAGAAUUUCAGGUAUAACAAUUACAAAAGAACUAUGAUGAGUUUUAAGGAAAGACUGGAGAACACUGUGGAACGAUGUGCACACAUAAAUGGAAAUAGGCCUCAGCAGAACAGAGGAUUUGGGGAGUUGCUGAACACUUCUAAACAAGACCUGAUUCUGGAAGAGCAAUCUCCAAGUUCCUCAAAUAGCUUGGAAAGUUCAUUAGUUAAAGACUAUAUCCAUUACAAUGGAGAUUUUAAUGCCAAAAGCAUUAAUGGGUGUGUGCCUAGCCCUUCAGAUGCUAAAAGCAUCAGUAGUGAAGAUGACCUAAGGAAUCCAGAUUCCCCUUCUUCAAACGAGCUGAUACAUUACAGGCCGAGGACGUUUAAUGUUGGCGACUUGGUCUGGGGCCAAAUCAAAGGACUGACUUCAUGGCCUGGAAAACUAGUAAGAGAAGAAGAAGUUCACAAUUCAUGUCAACAAAACGCUGAGGAGGGGAAGGUCUGGGUAAUGUGGUUUGGUGUUCAUACCUUCACUCAGGUGGAGCCAGAGAAGUUGAAGACACUAACAGAAGGUCUAGAAGCUUACAACCGAGCCAGAAAAAGGAACAGAAAAAGUGGAAAGCUAAAUAACCAUUUAGAAGCUGCUAUACAUGAGGCCAUGAGUGAACUAGACAAAAUGUCUGGGAAUGUCCACCAAAUCCCACAGGGAGACAGACAAGUGAAGCCUCCAAAACCCAAGAGGAGGAAGAUCUCUAGAUAACAUUGAAUGUCUUUGUUACUGGUCCAGUACUUAUCAAAACGAACGUGCACAUAAGUCUAUAUGUAGGUAUUGGUAUAGACGUGGUUAUAUCAAUAUUUAUAUGAAGACAGAUAGACACCACCGCAGGGUGCUACGUGGAGUAGUGGUACAAUAUUUUUGAUGAUUAGGAGCGAUAGCAGUUGCUGGAUAAACCAAUCAAAACUCUUGAAAGGUUACAGUAACAAUGUCAGAUGAUUACUGAUUUUUUUUUUCUAUAAUACUAAAAUUGUGAUUAUAAGAAAUAGUCCAAAUGUUUCUGAGAAAUUUUCAUUGUGUAUAUAGAUAAUACAGAAUUUCAUGGUGAUAUCUGAAAUGUAAAUAUUGUACAAUAUUGUCAUGUACAAGCGUACCUAAUGCACACUUUAUCUUUUAUUGUACAAAAAAAUAGUGUACAAAAUUCUUUGGUUUCUAUUGAGUACACAUACAAGAGACUACCAGUGUAAAGUGAUAAAUAAAAAUACAGCCUAAAUGCUUUUAUAUGAUAAUGUAAAAGAUGCUGUUUUUGUAUUUAACAGCAGAGAGAAGGCAUGAUUAUGUAAUACCUUAAUUAUGACAUACACUUCACGCCACUGAGUGUUCAUUUAUACUGUCUGUUUGGAAUGAACCUUGCCUGGAAGUACUGUACUCCAUUCAGGUCUCUGUAGGAGAGUGCAACCUUGCAGAUUCCUAACGGGACGUGGGAUCACAGCUCUAAUUAAUAAUUCAAAGGCUGCAACCAUCGGUUGCGUUUUUAUUUACUUAACUUUUAAAGUAGAAUGCUGUAGAUUUUAUUAAAAAGGAAAAAAAAAGUAGAUGAACUACUUUAGUCAGCCAUUUCUGUAGUUAAAGUUUCAUAGCCACCUGAUAAACUAAACAGUUUCUAUCCCCAGUAACUCUGACCCCUCAAACCCUCUAGAUUUAUUAGCUUAAAUUAUCUAACGUCAUUAACCAUCGCGUUUACUUUUAAUGGGGCAGAGGCCCUACCUAAUGAUGUGAUCAGUGCUGAUUGCGGUUUGGUUUUGCAGUAGAACGAAAGGGCACGCUCCACAGCGUUCAGAAAAGUGAUUCCGGAUCCAUCUCACAGUAUUAAAACAAAAAAUCAAGGGUGGCUUACAAAACUAUUAGCAACAGUAAUUUUUAUCAGUAUUAUGUAACAUAUCAGAUUUAUUUUAUUUAAAAAGAAUUAUUUAUACCAUUAACAGAUUCUUAUAUAUAUUAAUGUGGCUGAAAUGUGCAGGUUAAAUCUAUUAACCAAAUUAUUUAUGUUAUAUUAAGUGAGAAAUGUGAAACAUAUGUAGAAAAAAUUAAUACACUACAGAUUUAAAAGUCUAAAGCUAUGAGCCAUUAUAAAAUUAACGAACGGAAGUGUAGCACAACAUUAUUUCCAUUUUAGUUCUUUUUUUUUCUUUUUUUUUUUUUUUCAUUUUUCAACGUGGAUGGUGGUGAUGGUGAUGGAAGCAAUGGCAUCCUGUGUCUUCGAGGCUUCCCGAAAUAAUUCACCAUUCCCGGUCCCCGGGUGGAGUCCUUAACCCCCCCUCCUCGCCCGGGCCCGCCACCUACCUCAGGUCGCCUUUCUCCCUGAGCUCCCGAAUCUCACUCUCUAGCCACGGACUGGCAGCGGUCAGCGCCCCGCGAAGCCGGUGGCACUGCCGCUCUCCGGGCGCCGGGACCACGCGCCACCGCCGCCCCUCUGCCCGGGCGCCCUGCCCGAGCCCCCCACGUCUCCGCAGAGUGACAUGACCGAGGCCGGCUGCCCCCGAGGACCACGGGCCCGCAGGCUCCCCCAGCCUCGGCUCUCGCGUGCCGGAGCACAAAGCACUACCUCCGGGCUCCCCGCUUCCUCAUGUCCCGCAGAGCAGCUCCCACUCCUUCCCUAGCCCGAGGGAUCGCAAUAGCUACACUGGCUACAGGGGCCUGGAGGCAGGAGCCCUUCCUUCCGCGGGGUAGGUUCAUUUGUCGUGUGUGUAACGCCACGGUCCUACACGCAGACUCAUGUGGAGUGAUUCUUUUGUGUAGCGUAGUUGGCAUUUUUCUGUUACAAGUUGCUGUGUUUGUUCUGUUUAAAGCGUCGAUGUUGUCCCUUCUCCAUGCCCGCCUGCUUUCCGCUGUUUGUCCACACCUGUGCGUUUAAUCAGAGAUGCGGGGGUGUGUGCGAGGGUGCGUGCGUGUGCGCCUGGGUAGUUCAGUUUAUUUCCCCCUUUGCUUUCUGUCCUAGAGCGGAGUUUGUAUCGACCAACCCUUCUUUUGGCAUUUUAACGAAUUAGGUUUGUACUUUCUCACCGAUGUAUACUUUACAUCAGUAGACUAUGUAAAGUAUUUUUGUGCACUUGAUUUCAUUGGUUAAUAAUGGCAUUGAUGUGGGUGCUAGGAGUAGUUUGUUUCAGUCCAUACAAAUUUUUUUCUCUUUUAGAGUUUUUAUGGUUUCAUGUAAGCAGUUAAUGUAAAUAUUGUGAGCAUUACAGGUCAUGCAGUGUUGUAACAUUUUAAAAAAUGUUGCACCUACUUUACGAUUAAAAAACUGGUCACUCAUACUUGAAUUUUGCCCUUAGAGCCAUUUCUUUCUCUUUGCAUUAAAGCAUAAUAUACUUUUUUGAUGGAGGCCCAACCCUUCUUUCUACCUUAUUAUUUUUUGUUUAAUAAAUCUAUAUUUUUUCUAAUAGAAGACUUAAAAUGAAAAUUUAAAAAAAAAAUACUUUUUGCCUACUUUCUAAUUUAAGAGAGAAUUCCUAUAUUUAAAAGGUGGAAAAAAAUACUCCAUUGUGGAAAGUGGAACAAUGCUUUUAUUUGUCAUUAACAUGGCGCAAUCACCCAGAACUGAGCUGGCUGAGCACAGCGAGCCCACAAAGUCGAUCAGGAUCUCGGUAGCUUAGGGCACUACGUGGUUCUUUAAGGAUGUAAAGUGUUGCGUAUUCUUGUCUAUUUAUUUAUUUAUUUAUUAUGCUUUCUUUUGCUAAGUGGGUGACAAUGUGGUUGAGUCAUUCAGAUGACAUUCAAAUUAAAGAAAAUAAUUCCUCUUUCUAUUAUGGUGCAUUUUGUGAACACCAUAAAAAUAUUUUCAUUUAUUCCGAUGGAUUUUCUUCAUAUUUUCACUUCUUAAAGAGACCGUUUUGCUGGUAUCAGCUGCAAAAACAUUAUCCACAGAGGAAAGAAAAAAGAAAAAAAAAAACAACCCACCUCUGAUGUCCCAGGUCUAUUAUACUCACAGUCUAAGGUUUUAGGGGUUAGAAAGAACUUAAAGGUGUUUCCUAAAUCAGGUUUCUAAGUAAUGUGAUAUCCUUUUGGAGUCCCUGAAUUUGCUGGUAUAGAGUUAUUAGAGGGCUCAUGGUGGACUGAAUUACCUUAGGACUGCUACCUUUCUUAGCUACAGUUUGUAUUUUGCUAUGUAGGGUUGUAAUGUGAGAAUUCCAGAAGAGCAGUAGCAUUAAAAGUGCUUUUCUAUUUUUUAAAAAAACCCAUUCUAGUCUUACUAAGAAUUAGAAAUUUUUUUAUUAUCAGUUUUGUAAUUUUUGAUAAAGUUGUCAAUAUUAUGAUUAAAUCACCAGAAAAAAAAGUUCCUGUGAUGUUCUCUUCGGGGCAGGGACUAUGUCUCCUGUGUAUUUGUAAGAUGCCUAGCACAACGGGGUGCCCAGUCUUAAACGGGGCCAUGGGCACCGCUAUCAAAUUAAAUAGUAAACAACAAGGUCAAAGUUGAUUUAAAGGUAUGAAAGCCAAGAGAAUUCACAGUUAAGCCUAAAAUCUGGUUACCUGUCCUUAGUUUGUGUCCUCCGUGAAUGCAAUGUCAUCCCGGGCAGCCUCUGGCAGGUAAGUCGAGGAAGCUGACGGCUGUUGAAGCUUUGCUCACGAAAACCAGGACGUUCUGAUCCACGUCCAACGCCAGCACCCCGUAGCACGGCCUCCAGUUCCCUGACUCUGCUCUUUGUGCCGGCACCACCUGAGCAACCCAGCGUCCACCUUUGAGAGGCGCCUGGAAGUAUCAUUAUUAACCUGCUGCUUUCAGCUUGGUGCUAACUUACACAAUCCGAACCACGCAAACAGAUAAUUUAGCUCAAAAUCCGCUGCAAGUUCAAUUUGAACCUAGGUCAGAUGAACUCCAGAAAAACACUUCCAGGCUUCCCAAAAAGCCUUCUGUGGCUGCCCACGGCCGGCUGCUGCAGUUCCUCCAACCACGCGCUGCGCUGCCGGGGACGGGAGGUGAACAGCCACAGAGGAGAGCCCUCACUCGCGUAUUUCCUGCGGUCCCACUCAUGCAGAGUCAGCAGGAGCCGUUUGUUGCCAUACCGUAGCGUGCUGCUGCAACGUGCUGCGCGAGCACAGGUGCCCCAGAAGGUCCCGCCAGCCUCGUGCAGCGCUGCGCGCUGGCGGGCAAAGUGGAGGAAAGCACCCUGAAGUGGAACCGCAACGCAUCGCAUUUGCUUCGCGCUUGGGAGCUAAGCGGUGGCAAGUCGGGCCCCCCUAGCUCACUUCGCUCCCUGCCAGGUUCUGCUGUUUCUGUAUUGGCUAUGGACGCUCAAAAGAAAUUCUUGUUGUGGCUUUAAAAAAUCAGAGAUUUGACUUGACUCAAAACAGCCCCCACAAAACACGUUCUGGAGAGAUUUCAUCUCUCACGCUUUUACCUGCUGUGAGAUAAGAAUUUGUCUGUAAUUGAAUGCUAUUGCAACAGGAGAUAAGGGUUUAGGAUUUAGAACAGAAGAAAAAAUACAAGAGUGCUUUCUGGAAAAUUCGAUUCUAGAAAAGCCAUGGAAAAUGGGAAAGGUUUUCAUAUACUUCCUGGGGCUAAAGCUCAGCGGGGAGAGAGCAGCAUCUCUGCAGAGCCAGACCCCACAGCUGCCGCACAGACGAACUCCAAGCAAGCGUUAGUGUGGGUUGGCAGGAGUCAAAGAAACGAGCGUGCACGUGUGGGGUCAGCUGGCAUGUCAGAACGUCAGGCAGAAAUCCGUGCCAGUGAGUGAGCAAGGUGGAGCUGGGUCACAAUUUGAGUCCAGCUUUCAGAUGUGCUAAAAUAUUUCCACUAAUGGAUGGGAGAGCGAGGGCUCCCUUACAGCCACCUGCGUGUUGAGGGCCGGCGGGGCAAAAACCGUGCAGGUAAGUCCUCCCGCGGUGUCAGUGCCUCCUGACUGCUACUUAACCCGGUAACCAGGAGAGGCGGAAAAGAAAAAUAAGUGUUCUUGCCCCAGGGAAAUGUCAGGUACCAAAAUUCAGGCUACAAAGAAACAAUAUCCUAAAAACAUGGAAAAAUAAAUGCUUCCAGCUCAAAAAACAAAACAAAACCUACUACACUGAUUCUGUCUGCUUCACGCUUACCUACAGUAUGCGAACACGUCUGUGUGCGCGUAAUCUGGGAUGGAAAGGCGCAGCAAAGUGUGUUUAAUCUUACCCCAGAAGUUCCCAUCUCACCAAGUCACAGUCAUUUUAGGCCCUUUUGAAAGAGAGGCAAUUCUUAACUCCUGGUAGAAAUACCACUUUUUUCAGUUCCAGCAAAAUAAUUUCUUGCUUUUCACUCUGAAUUUUUCCUAGAGGGAGAAAAAAAUGUCAUAAAAAUAACAAGUAUAAG